AUGGAGGGCCUGUCCAUGCGGAUCAGACAAUUGGCUCUCUGGGACGGUGUCUGCGCGUCGUUUUUUAGGUCUUCACAGGUCACUAGCAGGAGCCGUUCACCUCCAUCACCAACAGUAUCCAUUACCAGACGAUAUGCCUUCACUCCGUCUUCCGGACGCCGAGCUGCUCACGAGGAUGCCAGCCUCCCGAACACUGUGGCAGGUUCAGAAGGCUCAACGUGCUCCCAGGCAUAUCCACUUUCAGGCUAUUACUACGAAAUCCUCUCAACCACUUCUCCCUAUGGAUCGAUAACGAGCUCAUCGCGUUCAACCCCUCAAGCAGCCGAGAAGCCGACACCGGCCACGACCGUCAAGCUACAAACGCCCGAGGAAAAGAUGGCUAUCGUUUUUGGAUCGCGAUUAGCCGGGCCAGGCCGUCAAUCGCGAUAUAAUGCCGGGACAAUGCCGCCUGAGUCUCAGUGGAAGACCAUCAACGGAGUAGCCAUUCCUCCACGACCCGAAGAGCCUGACAAUUGCUGCAUGAGUGGCUGUGUGCACUGCGUAUGGGAUGACUACCGUGAUGAGAUGGAGGAAUGGGCCGGUCGUGUAGCAAGUGCCAAGGCAAAGGGCUUCGCCAGGAACAAGACGGCGGAUAUGCGACAGACACCUAGAGCAGAGGUGGACAAUGCCAGUCACAGUAUGGAUGAUGAUGGGGGCGGUAGUGAGACCAACUGGCCGUUAUCUGAUAAGGCAGAUGAUCUCUUUGCCGACAUACCGGUGGGAAUUCGUGAGUUCAUGAAGACCGAGAAGAAGCUCAAGCAGAGGCAUCAACAAGAGCAAGCCACAUGA